AACCAAGCGACGACAAGAAGCAGUGGAUGUAAACAAAUAUACAGACGUUGCAGCGACCAGAAAAUGACAACCCUAACAAGACAAGACCUCAAUUUUGGACAAGUGGUGGCUGACAUCUUGUGCGAGUUUUUGGAAGUGGCUAUUCAUCUCAUCCUCUAUGUACGAGAGGUGUACCCAUCUGGGAUAUUCCAGAAGAGAAAUAAAUACAAUGUACCUGUACAGAUGUCAUGCCAUCCAGAGCUGAACCAAUACAUCCAUGAUACUCUUCACUGUGUAAAACCCCUCAUUGAGAAGAAUGAUGCAGAAAAAGUGGUGGUGGUCAUCAUGGACAAAGAGCAUCAUCCAGUUGAGAGAUUUGUCUUUGAGAUUUCACAGCCUCCUAUUUUAUCCAUCAGCUCUGAUACAUUGCUGUCACACGUGGAACAGUUACUGAGGGCGGUUAUCCUGAAGAUCAGUGUAUGUGAUGCAGUUCUGGAAAACAACCCACCAGGAUGUACGUUUACAGUGCUGGUCCACACCAGGGAGGCUGCCACGCGCAACAUGGAGAAGGUGCAGGUCAUCAAGGAUUUUCCGUGGAUAGUUGCAGAUGAGCAGGAAGUACACAUGCAGGAGCCCAGACUCAUACCGCUGAAGACCAUGACAUCAGACAUUGUGAAAAUGCAACUGUACGUGGAGGAGAGGGCACAAAAGGCUUCAUAGACCAAGCUUGACAAAAGAAGAUUGCAAUCCUCUGCACUGCAGCUGCCACAAUAAUCAACUAGUUGAGGUGUGGAUUUGGAAAAGUGGGGAUCUCUGGAUCUUCAUUCUAAUGCUUGAACUGUGAAAACUUUGAGAAAAAUACUUUUUUUUUUGCCUUGGGAAGAGGGGAUAGGCAGAGUCAGUUAUCGGUUCAGCACUGUAUCAUUGCUCAUCACAAUGAAAAUCAUUACGUUUGUACAUAGUUAUCACAGCAAAGCCUAAGGGGAAUUAUCGGUGGUAUAGUGGGUGCUUUUGUUCCCAUUCUAUUUGUUUCCAGUUGGUGUAUAAAGCAAUGUAUAAAUGUACCAUAGGCUGCGUUUACACAGGCAGCCCAAUUCUGAUAUAUUUUCCCCUAAUUGGUCUUUUGACCAAUCACAUCAGAUCUAUUCACAGAUAUUCUUUCAGAGCUGAUCUGGUUAGUCAAAAGACCGAAAAAAAUAUCAGAAUUCGGCUGCCUGUCUUAACGCAGCCCUAUUGUGUUGUAUGAAGCUAUGUUUACACUAUGAUGUUAAUUAUUGUGUUCACUAAAACAAUUUUUUUGGGGCAGUCUCAGGUGGAUAUGGUCUACCUGGUUGAAGUUCUAGACCAGGGCUCUCUAACCCUGUUCCUGGAGAGCUUCCUUCCUGUAGGUUUUCUCUUCUACCCCAGUUGUACAACCUGAUUCAGCUUAUCAACCAGCUAAUUAUUAGAAUCAGGUGAGCUAGAUUAGGGUUGGAUCGAAAACCUACAGGACGGCAGCUCUCCAUGAACAGGGUUGGAGAGCCCUGAUUCUAGACAGUCCAUAACAGGAAUGACCAAACAGGUUGCACGGUUUGAUAUUGCAAGUGUUGAGCACUGACGCUCCAUAAGGAAGUACUCAACCCAAACUGCAAAAAUGCUUUGUAAAUAAAAGUGGAUUUAGUUGUUUUUGAUUUGUUUGGUAUUUGAUUUUUGUUUUCUCAUAAUACAUUAUACUUUGGAAAAUAAAGUGUUUAGUAGACUGUCAUACUUUUUGUCAAGUUAUGUUCCGUUCCACCUUACCAUAAAAGUUCCUUAAAUCUCGGAUACUGAUUAGAAUUGCUUGACACAAGGAGGGGUUGUAAAUCUAUUGAAUACAAUGUAAAUAACAUUUUACCUUACAGAAGUGCACUUGCUCUGUUUAUUAUUUGAUGGAGACUGCAAGUAGGGGUAUCUACAAUACCAUUGAGUUUUGUAGAUCAAACACACCUUUUUAUCCUGGCCUUCUGCAAAUCAUUUUAUUGCUCUUUGAUUUUACUGUUUUAUAUUAGCUUUUUAUCCUGUUCAUUUAAAAUGAAUGUUAUUUCCUAUAUUAAUGUGUCUAUAUUUUGUCUACUUUAUGGAGUGUGUUGCGAUAUUAAAUGCACUGUAGAUACAAUUAUUUACAUUAUGGACUGCAAAAAGACUGCUAAUGAUUAGUAAAUGGUUUAUAAGGACCUAUAUUAAACAUCUUAUAAAUUAUCUUAUGUUAUGAAUCAUUAAUACGUCAUUUAAAAGUUUUUAUGUGUAAAUAACUAGCUUACUAACAUUUGGUGAGAACUGUGAAUGCCUAAUAAAUUGUUUAUUAACUUUA